AGGAGGUGACAGAACAGAGGCAGUUCUGACAGUAUGGCUCAAACUUUCAGUCUAUGACUUAGUAUGAUUUAUACCAUCGACUGACCGGGAGCCAUGGGCGCGUUAGCUUGUCUUUCUGUGCUGUGCUGGCUGUGGCUUUGCCCGCUGGUGUCCAGCGAACAGGUGGCUUUUAUAGAGGUGUUUCUGGAUGACCAUCAGCAUGUUUUGCAGGGUGAGGUGCUCCAGGGGAGUCUGGAGAACGAGCCCAUGGAAAACCACAGCAAAAAGAAACAUGACCUCAAUGGAGACCUCAUAUUAAUAAAAGACAAAGCUAUUAAAACCAGCAGUGAAAGCAGUGAUGGAAAGGAUCCGAACCCCUGGAUUGGAGUGGUACCUGUCCAGAUAAAGGAAGGCACAGUUUCCAGUAACAGCAACCAGGAGUCGUUUGCUGCCUCUGUGGUCAAUAAGAUGAAGCGUGCUCUUGUUUUGGGUGCAUCUGCUUUGAUCAUCCUGGCUUUAAACCAGAAUACUGUCCGAGAGAUGGAUCUCUCUCAGGUCCUCUCAAAGCCAAUCAUUAUCAUUCAGACAUCAGAAAAUGUCACUAGGCUCAUUGGAGCACUCCUCAGGGGCCUUCACGCAACAGCAAAAAUCACUUACAAGUCUUUUCUACAGGACAGUCUGGGGGCCACCUUGACCCUGUGGUCCAGCUGUGGCCGUUCGAGAGGAGGGUUGUACGGGGAAUGGCAAGGGGUCAUCUGCACCGGGGAGACCAACUCUCAGGUCCAGAAAUAUCUCCAGCAGCUCUGGAACACUGUCGUUCUGGUGGCCCUGGUCCUCUCCACAGGGGUCAUAGUUCAUGCACGCUGGCAGUACCAGGACAACCAGCUUAAUGAUGAUUUAGAGUCAGACCUAAAGCAAGACAUUUUAAAGAGAUUAUCAGCACUGAAGACGAGGAUAUACCGGCAACCCAAAGUGAGAUGUGACCCAACACAAACUCAACCGGUGGAGAUGGACAGUUGUGCAGUUUGUCUGGAGCAAUACAACAACAACCAGUGUUUGAGGGUGUUACCGUGCCUCCAUGAAUUCCACAGAGAUUGUGUGGAUCCCUGGCUACUCCUUCAGCAGACCUGUCCUCUCUGCAAACGUAGCGUGCUUGGUAAUUUUUACUGAGCUGGACCAGGAAGGAUUUGUAUGAAUUGGAUUGACUCUUCUGAUUCAGACUUUUCAUGGCAACUAAACCCCUCCACCGUACUGUAAGGUCAGAAUAUCUCCAUUUGACCUCUCCAAAGACUAUAAACCUUGAGUUGUUUUUCAAGAGACCACAGGAGUCAGGACUAGUUCCUGAUCUUUGGUCAAACCACUUGAGAAGUUUCUUGAAGGUAGGUACUACCAAGUUCUACGUUUCUUGAACCGGCUCAACAAUUUACAGAUACACGGAUUGUGAAGUCAUACGCACCGCAAAAAACAAAAGUAAUAUUUCAGAUCUCUUUAAAUUAAGGAAGAAUCAUACACCCUCAAGUCUCAAAUUUUUGUUUAAACAAGGGUUGGCAUAAAGCUUGGAUAAAUUCCUUUGAGAAACAAAAUAAGAAAAAGUAUCUCAACCUUUGAUACGAGACCAGGGCUGGUGCCUAACCUGGCCCUUUUCUACUCUUUUUCACCAAAUAAGAUGCCGUUCUUGACUGGUUGAGUUGGUUGUGACCUUUUGAGAACAUAUAAAAUGUUUCUGGACCUUUAAGCAGAAACAGUAUCAAUAUGUUUGUUUGUGGAAAGGUUGUGUGGUACAGAGCCCCACAUGACACAGUAAUAUCAUUGUAAGUUGCGCCAUUGUUUGACUUCGUCAGCUAAACCUCCAGCUCCAGAACUAGUACCAAUUUGGUGGAAAAAGAGGUAUGUUAAUCAGGUCCGUUACACAGUAAAGUGAAAGAUACAUGCAAGUAUCAGUAUUCCAUACAAAGAGUUGCAAGGAAAAGUUGAUUUCUAAAGUACCAUGCAACACUGAAGACUGGAGUAACGUCUACUAAAAAUGCAGCUUU